AUGAAGUUAAUAAGAGAUCUUUUCAAGUCUCAUGAUUCAAUUAUACUUUUUCGUCGAUCAUUUUCGAUUACAUCUCGAGCUUUUGCAGAAAAGACUAUUACAAUUCGUGAAACUAUAAUUAAAGCAAUGGAUGAAGAAAUCGAACGUGAUGAACGAGUUUUUUUAAUUGGUGAAGAAGUAGCAGAAUAUGAUGGUGCUUAUAAAUUAUCCAAAGGUCUUUGGAAAAAAUAUGGUGAUAAACUACCAAUCGUUUUUCGUGGACCCAAUGGAGCAGCUGCCGGUGUAGCUGCACAACAUUCUCAAGAUUAUUCUACUUGGUAUAGUCAAUGUCCUGGUUUGAAAGUUAUAUCACCUUAUUCAGCUGAAGAUUGUCGAGGUUUACUUAAAGCUGCGAUUCGUGAUGAUGAUCCAGUUGUUUUUCUGGAAAAUGAAUUACUUUAUGGUCAACAAUUUCCAAUAUCUGAUGAAACAUUAUCAUCUGAUUUUAUUUUACCUAUUGGUAAAGGAAAAAUUGAACGUCAAGGAAAACAUAUAACAUUAGUUUCUCAUUCAAUUGGUCUUAAAAUAUGUUUGGAAGCUGCACAUGAAUUAGAACAAAAUGAAAUUGAUUGUGAAAUUAUUAAUCUACGAACAUUAAGACCACUUGAUGAAGAAAUAAUAAAAACAUCGAUUAAAAAAACUCAUCAUCUAGUUUCUGUUGAAUUUGGUUGGCCACAUUGUGGUAUUGGAAGUGAAUUAAUUGCUAGAAUAUGUGAAAGUGAUGCUUUUGAUUAUCUUGAUGCACCACCUUUACGUGUUGCUGGCGCUGAUGUUCCACUUUCAUAUGCAAUAACUCUUGAAAAAAAUUCUCUACCACAAGCUUCUAAUGUUAUUAAAACAGUCAAACAUAAUACAAAAAAUAAAAAUAUCUGUUUUGUUAUUGAUUAUGUUGAAAAUGUUUUCGAAAAAUCAAAAGCUAUGGAUUAUGAUUAA